AUGUCUAACAGCAACAGCAACAACAAUGACAAUUAUGAUGCAGAUCUUCUCAAGAUUGCGGAGUUGAGAUUGCAGCUAGGAACUUCAGAAAAUUGUCAAGAAGAGGAUGAGUCUAAACAAACCCAAGAUGAUCAUGAUGGUUCCUCGAGCCAUUCUUCUCCUGAUCAUAGUCUUGCUGCCACUGCUGCUGCCCCUCCUGCUGUCUCUCCUCUGCCAACAUCAACCACCAGAAGUGGCUUUGGUGUCAAAGAAAAUACCACUGCUGCAAGUCUUGAGACAGCUGGAGACUUGGAGCUGGUAGAACUCACCCAAAAAUUUGGCGCAACAUUACCGAUGGGCCACAACAGCCACGACAGAACCACAGAUGAUGCACAUUCGCCACUACAUACAAUUCCAAUGAGGCAACCCGAGUAUUUUGGACAACCACAAACUUGUCCUGGUGCAUAUGCUGUUGUUGGUCCAUGUUUUGCUACUGACAGCGUUAAUCAUUCGAAUGCCGGUAGAAAUACUGGUGCAAGUGACGGAGGCUUUUACAAUUUGAUUGAAGAAAUUGCAGACAAUGAAGUCAUUGCGCAUCCUAUAGACGAUGAUCAGCAGAUAGACCUGUUACCCAAUGCAGUGCCACUACCAACCAACCAGAGAUCCAGAGACUACUACCGGUACUGGAGGCAAAAGUUGCUUUGUUUCCUUUCCGUCGAGAUCAAUGUGGCUUUUUUGUUGUAUCUAUUUUUCUCCUAA